AUGGCUGCCGUGCGCUGCCGUUCCGCCGUUUCUCGCGGCGUGUGUGCGUCCGGGUCGCUGUUCGAUUCGCAGCUUUCGCAGCGCAUCGCAAGCAUUCUCUGUUCCGCGUCCGAUCUUCCUCCCUCCGUUUCGUCGCCUCAUUCCGAGCCGCUGCGUGUGGCCGGUCCUGCUGCUGGGCUCUCGCGCUUCCAUUCUUCUUCUUUUGUCGGCGUAGAGCCCAACACAGCAGGCUCCACUCCCUCGUCGCCAGCCGUCGCAGGCGACGUCGCACAGUCACCACUUCUGCCGCGUCUGCGAUCAUGGUUCGCAGCACCCGACCUCACUCCGCCACCCUUCGUGGGCCCUACGGGCGGAUCUGAGGCGGGGAGCGGAGCAGACGGGGAGGCGCGGGGGGACGCGCAAGGGCGAGGGGAAGCGCGGAUGCACGGAGAGGGCGCGCGAGGCUAUGGGGAUCAGCGGCUGUACGGGCGGGACCCGCGGGGGUUUGGGCGGAACUUCCGCCCGCGCCCGCCUGUGGCGCGGCCGAAGCUGGAUCUUCUGGAUAAGUACGUCCAACCAUCGCUGCAGUCAGCAGAGGAGCGGCGGCAGGAGGAGCUGCAGGGAGCGAAGGCAGUAGCUGUACCUGCUCAUGCCCCCCCGGUCGUUUUGGUUGCGCCUCCCUUCCCUCCUUCCCCAGUACGUGCAUCCAUAGCUGCUGUCAGCAGAGGAGCGGCGGCAGGAGGAGCUGCAGGGAGCCAAGGCAGUAACAAAACUUGGUCACUUCCCCCCCUUUCCCUCCACCUCCCAGUGCAACCAUCGCUGCUGUCAGCAGAGGAGCGGCCGCCGGUGGAGCCUAGAAAACAUGAAUUCUUCAUUUUGCACAUCCAACCCCCCCUUCAUUUUGCACAUCCAACCCCUCCUUCAUGUCUCAUCCCUUUCCUCCUCAUCUCCCCAUCUUCCCAUCCCCCCCAGUACGUGCAUCCGUCGUUGCUGUCAGCAGAGGAGCGGCGGCAGGAGGAGCUGCAGGGAGUGAAGGAGCGGUUCAGAGUGCAUGAGGGGGACACAGGGUCCAGUGAAGUGCAGACAAACACUCCGCUUCUCUCUCCCUGCCUACAGGACCUGCACUGCACUCACGGCGGCCCGGCGGGGUCUGGAUGGAAUGUUAGCGCGGCGGCGCAAGCUGCUCAAGUGCCUUGGGCGGAAGAGGAGGGUCAAGACCUGCACUCGCGGCGGGGUCUGGAUGGAAUGCUGGCACGGCGGCGCAAGCUGCUCAAGUACCUGCGGCGGAAGAACUGGGACUCGUACUGCCAUGUGAUUGCAGAGCUGGGGCUGCGCGACAGACGCAAGCAGUCUCUCCCGUCAGGCCCGUCCGCGCAUUCCCCGUUCGCGCUGUCCGCCCCAUCCGCGCAGUCAUCCGCCCCGUCCGUAGUCGUCCGCCACCAGUCCGCGCGCAUGCAUCGUGUGCGCAACUCCCGCGCGCCUCGCCUUCUCCAUCUCUUCACGCAGUGCCAUGCCGCUCCCCGGCUCGGCGCACUGCAGCCCCGCGCGGGGGCCGUCACGGCGGCUGACGGAAAUCGGCCGGCAGAGCCGUUGCUCGUUCCGCCUGCUAGCCGAAAGGUAGACGCGGCACGUCCGACCAGCCGCUGCGUCGAUCACCACGUAGGACGAUUCACUGACGCGCUGCCGCAGAUCUGCUGCCAGGCUGUCAGCCAGCCUGGCGUUGCCACGCUGUCCGCCGAGCCAUCACCUUCCACAUCCAUAUCAACACUCACCCAGCGGUACCACUCUGCGCCGCGCUUUACACCUCUUUCUCGACUUUCCGCCCCUCAUCAUCACCCCACACCGCUCGCGGUCAGCUCGCCGUAUGCUCGCGCCUUUAGCGCCGCCUCCGCAGGCGGCAGCAGUGGCAGCGCCGGCAGCGGCAGUGAUGGCGGCAGUGGUGGCGGCAGCGGCGGGAGUGUUGGCGGCAGGGGCGAGGCCGCGGGCGGACUAGAAUCAGACCUAGGAUCGGAUCUAGGGUCAGAUCUAGGUUCGGAUUCGGAUUCAGGCUCAGAUUCAGGCUCGGAUUUAGGUUCGGAGGACGUGUCGGUGAGGGUGCUGGAGGGGGUGGUGGAGGAUGCGCGGCAGGCCUACGGCGAGAGGCACGAGCUGGUGGCGGGGCUCAGACUGCGACUGGCGCAGGCGUAUCUGCAGCAGGGGCGGGACGCGGGGGAGGUGCUAUCUGUGGUGGAGAAGGCAUGGGAGGUGUUUGACGCCAUGGCCAUGGAUGGGGAUCCCGUGCGAGCCAUGUGCCUGCACCUCAUGGCCGCAUGCCAUGCCAGGCUCGGUAACCCAGACGAGUGUCUCUCACUCCUAGUGCAGUGCGAAGCAGCGCUGGAAGCUGCCAAGAAGCUUCAGAGCCUCAUGCAAGAGCAAGACGUAGCUGGGACUGAGCAGGAAAUAGGAUCAGAUGGGGGGGAGAGCUGCGGGUCAAGGAAUGGAGUUGCAGGGGUGGAGAGUGGGGGAGGUGUGGGUAGCAGAGGAGGAGAGUGUGGAAGGGUAGAGGGUGGUGAUGGGGAGGGGGAGGGGGGAGACGCAGCAGCAGCAGCAGCAGCGAUGGCACAAGGGACAGCCGAUGCCAUCCACAUGGUGGGGUUUGCCAUGCACAUGCUGCGAGCUGACGUCAGCAGUGCGAGGGGGGACAUGGACACUGCACUGAAGGCGUACAGGACUGCUCUCGAGCUACAAGAGGAAGCACUGGGCUCGGAGGACCCACGAGUAGCGGAUGCGCUGCAGCACGUGGGGGAGGAGUGUGCGCGGCACAUGCGGCUAGGCGAUGCCCAUGCCAUGGGGAUGCGCGCGCUACAGCUGCAUGAGACGCACAGGAGGGGCUUGGAGGAGAGGUUGGGAGGGGAGGAGGGGAGUGGGGAGGGGAGGGGUGAGGAGGGAGGAGGGGUGAAGGGGGAGGAGCUGAGGGAGAGAGUGAGAGAGGAGUUGGAGGGAAGGGGGAGGGAGGAGGUGAGGAGGGAGUAUGAGGAGGCUGUGAUGAAGGAGGUGGCAGAUCACCGCCUGUUAGCAGCAGUGUUUGCGGGUCAAGGCGACGCCUCCCCCGCCGUCCACCACCUAUCCGCAGCAGCAGCCCUGCUCUCCUCCCUCCUCUCCUCGCCCUCCGCCCCCUCCGCCCUCUCCCCUCUCGACCUCGCCUCUGUGCACCUCGCCACUGUUGACAUCAUCCUGCACUCCGGGCUGCUGCAGGGAGAAGAGGGGGGAGAGAUGGGGGAGGGGGGGGAGGAGGGGGGGCGCGUGAAUAGGGAAGAGAUGGGGGGUGAGGAGGCAGAGAUUGCGGAGGAGAGUGACAGCAGAGAGCAGCAAGGGGAAGGACUGGGUGUACGAUUAGGAGGAGGAGGAGUAAAGGGAAGUUAUGAGGGAGGAGCAGAGGGAGGGGAGGUGAGAGAGGAGGCGAUGGAUAUGGCAGUGUUGGCGCUGGAAGCGCUGAAGCAGUGUGUGGCAGUGCAGGGGGAGGAGCUGGGGAAGGACCAUCCUGCUGUGGCGAGGACGUAUGCUCUCGCUGCUGAUGUGUACUGGCAGAUAGGGCAGGCGGAGGAGGCAGAGAAAGUGAGCAAGAGAGCGAUCAAGGUACUGGCAGCCAUGCCAGCGGCGCACCAGCGCAGCGAGGAGGCAGCGGCAGCGCUCGCCCACGUCGCUCUGCAUCUCAAGCGCACCGACCGCUGUGGCAUGGCCGUGCCUCUGCUGCAACGGGCGCUUGGUAUCAGAAAGGAGCACCCGGACCAUCUGCUUCAAGCCGUGGGCACAGCAACGGACCUCGCCUCUCUCCUCCUCUCCCUCCGCCGCCCCAACGAGGCCCUCCCCAUCCUCCUCUCCGCCCUCCCCUCCCUCCGCUCCUUCCUCGGCCCCUCCCACACCGCCUCCCUCCCCCUCCUCUCUCUCCUCUCCGCCGCCCACUCUUCUCUCGACCAAUGGAGUGAGGCGGCGAGAGUGGUGGGGGAGAUGUGGGAGGUGGUGAGAAGGGAGGGGAUGGAGGAGGCUAUGGGGGGGGCUAUGAGGGGCGAUGAGGCGGCCAUUGGCAUGUGGAUACCCCUGGCAGAUGCCCUUGGGAGUGAAGAGAGGUUCCUUCUGCUGCAGAAAGCAGUGGAGCAAGCAGCAAGAGGAGCAGAGGCAGGGGGGGAGAGCAAUGGAAGGGGAGAGGUAGGGGAGGAUGCAGCAGCAGCUAGAGCUCGCUGGCUCGAGGUGUUGAGGGAGAUGACAAUGAUCAAUAACGGUUGA